AUGGCCGGCCAGGGCCUCAGGCAGUACCUGAACGAUGUCAGCCCUUACCUGAUUCUUCUGAUUGCCGUCUCGACUUUGGGAUCGCUGCAGUUUGGCUACCACCUAGGAGAGCUCAACGCCCCUCAGGAUGUCAUUACCUGCCACAAAAAGUCCAUCUCGGCUCUCCUGCGGAUCCGGGAAAUGGUCUCCUCAUCCCACCCGAGCGACAAGUCCUCCGGCCUCCUCUCCGAAUGUAUCCCUAUGACCGAAGCCGCCUUUGCGACCGUAUCGUCUAUAUUCACCCUGGGUGGACUUUUUGGAGCACUAUGUGCUGGGCCCUUUUCAUCUAGCCGUGGCCGGCUCCUUGCCAUGCGAGCUACUGCCGUCCUUUACCUGGUUGGUGCUGCCGUCGAGACAAUUGCUGGGAGUGUCUUCCUCAUGGCACUGGGACGCUUGGUUUCCGGUGUAGGUGCUGGUGCAUCAACUGUUGUUGUUCCGCUUUACAUCAGCGAGAUUGCGCCCCUGAACGCUCGAGGUUUGUUCGGUGCCAUGACGCAAAUCUCGAUCAAUGUUGGAAUCCUGAUCGCCCAGACUCUCGGAUACUUCUGGAGCUACGGAAGCGCCUGGCGAUGGAUCCUGGGUGUUGGCGUCUGCGUCGCGACUGCCCAGGCUGUUGGGCUGUUUGUGGUGCCUGAAAGCCCCUCGUGGCUGGCCGCGAAUGGCGAAGUGACCGCCGCCAAACGAACACUGCAGAGGAUCCGGGGCAGUGGGCACGACAUCAGCGAAGAGACCGAGACCUGGAACUCAGUCGAGCAUGGAAAUUCAGAGGAGGAGGGACUGCUCCAUGCCGACCCGAUGGCCGACCCAGUUGAACCGGUCAUCGCCAAGAGCCCUGCCCACCUCGGAUUCAUCGACGUGGUCAAGGAUCCGCUCACUCGACCUGCCAUUAUCGCUGUGGUUGGCAUCAUGUUUGUCCAGCAGUUCUGUGGCAUCAACUCCAUCAUCAUGUACUCCGUCUCUCUCCUCGCCGAUCUCCUCCCGGUCUCUUCGGCGCUACUCACAAUCCUCAUCUCCGUUGUCAACCUCGUCACAACGGUGGCCUGUUCGCCCUUGCCAGACCGACUUGGACGCAAGACCUGUCUGCUCAUGUCAGUCAUUGGUCAGGGCAGCAGUGCGCUGGCACUGGCACUUUCCAUUGUCUUUGGCUUCAAGAUCCUCUCGGCCGUGGCCGUUCUCUUCUUUGUCGGAUUCUACGCUGUCGGUCUCGGCCCUGUUCCUUUUAUCCUGGCUUCUGAGCUGGUUGGCCAGGAGGCUGUUGGUGCCACGCAGAGUUGGUGCCUCGGGGCGAACUACGUGGCGAGUUUCCUGGUUGCUCAGUUCUUCCCUAUUAUCAACAAAGCGUUGAACAAUCUCCUCGGCGGUCAUGGAGGGUGGGUGUACUUUAUCUUUGCUGGCAUGGCAGGGUUAUCGGUCAUGUUUGUGUCUGUGAAUGUGCCCGAGUCCAAGGGGAAGAGAGAUGCCGAUGAGGUUUGGGGCCGAACACGACGGGCAGAUUGA